AUGUCGUCAAAGAGGGCACCCCUACGAAGUCCUCUGCGCGGGCUUCUUUCAAGACUGGGAGGGUAUCUGGGUUUUGUUGCUGGUGCUGGACUGACACUAAUAAUCCGUCUUCCCCUCGGCGGGGGAGAUAGGCUUCGAGGAGAGCUGAGAAUUUCAAAGCGGAUCUUUCGCUCCUCUCGGGUUCGAGAGCGUGAGCGUGAGCGUGAGCGUUCCCUGCGCCUGCUUUCGUGCCUGGACUCGAGGGUUGUGGUCUGCCGGCGCUCUUCUCUUGUUGCCCGGGUGAAUCGGACGGCAGGAACCUCCCAGUCUGAGUGA